UGUGUGUGUAAAGGAGGAGACUUGCACCGUGGAGCUCCGCUUCCUCCCUCAUCUCAUCCCCCUCACUGUCGCUCGUUGUGUCUGCAGGCUGUAUAGAGGCGCGAGCGCCGCCUCACAAGCCUCACUCAUGCGCUCGCUGUCAUCGCGGAGGGACCGAGUCCAGUCCACCUGCACCAAGCGAUGCUGCUCGACCCGAAUCCACCCCGAGCUUUCUCUUCCGCGAUCGCGCUCUGUAUCCGCGACAGGUUCAAGCCUAGGAUGCACUGCACAGCUCUCUGCCACCGUGUUUAAUGAAAGUGGAACUGCAAGGCUAUAGCAUGGUUUCUUUUCACCAAAGGAGCGUGAUCUGACAGAGGCUUUAACUUUUUUUUUUCUUUAGGAGCGAAAGCGCAUUUGGAUCUGAUUGUUUUUCUAAUCAUGCCUGUUCGAAGAGGUCAUGUGGCACCACAAAACACAUUCCUAGGAAUAAUAAUACGAAAAUUCGAGGGACAAAAUAAGAAUUUUAUCAUAGCAAAUGCUCGUGUCCAGAACUGCGCAAUCAUCUACUGUAACGACGGCUUCUGUGAGAUGACUGGUUUCUCCCGGCCAGACGUUAUGCAGAGGCCCUGCAUGUGUGACUUCCUGCAUGGGGAGAGAACUAAGCGGCACUCCAUUGCCCAAGUAGCCCAGGCUCUGCUGGGCUCUGAAGAACGCAAGGUGGAGAUCACUUACCACCGCAAAGAUGGUUCAGAUUUUCUUUGCAAUACGCACAUCAUUCCAGUGAAGAACGAGGAGGGCGUGGUGAUGAUGUUCAUCCUGAAUUUUGACUAUGUGCUGGAAGAGGACAGCAGUGAUUCACUGGAAAGGCUCAACCUCACCCCUCCUCCUAAAUCUGAUUACAGGAAAGGAAGAUUCUUCAGGUUCCGCCUGCCUUCUCUGAACCUGUUAGGUUCCAGCAAACAGUCUCUGCCCCAGGAAGACCCUGACACAGUGAUGGUGGACUCUCCGAAAGCCAGCAAUGACUCUGUGCCCUUGAGGGACUUCCAGUCUCCGACUAAGGACAGCUGCUGUCCUGCUGAUGCCAAUGACACACAGGCCCUUAUCAGCUCCAGUCCCCACUCAUCCCCAAUCAGUGUGUCCGGACCUCUCGACCACUCAUCCCCUAAACAAAUGUGGGACCGUCCAAGUCUGUCUCAGGCCCAGUCCACUACCUGCCUGGCGCAGUCCAUCUCCAGAGACAGUGUGUGUAGCAGAAGACGAGCCUCAUCCGUGCAUGACAUUGAAGGCCUCAGCUCCAACUCCAAACGCCUGUUGGGGGAUCGGCAUGCUAGUGAAGACCAUGGCCGCAGUGUGAAAGGUCCUUUUAACCAUCUCAAAUCCAGCCUGCUGGGCUCUACCUCAGACUCCAACCUGAACAAGUACUCUACAAUUAACAAGAUCCCCCUCAUCGCACUUAACUUCUCUGAAACUAACAACGACAAACGAGUCCCCUCACCCCCUGCCUCUGAGAAGACCAUCAUCGCUCCAAAAGUGAAAGACCGCACACACAAUGUCACUGAGAAAGUCACACAGGUGUUGUCCCUAGGUGCAGAUGUAUUACCAGAAUACAAGCUCCAGGCUCCACGCAUAGACAAAUUCACCAUCCUACACUACAGUCCGUUUAAGGCCAUGUGGGACUGGCUCAUUCUGCUCCUUGUCAUUUACACGGCCAUCUUCACCCCAUACUCCGCUGCAUUCCUGUUGAAUGAUCGUGAGGAACAAAAGAGGAGAUUGUGUGGCUACUCUUGCAGUCCCCUUAACGUUGUCGACUUAAUGGUGGACAUCAUGUUCAUCAUCGACAUCCUUAUAAACUUCCGCACAACUUAUGUAAAUUCCAACGAGGAGGUAGUGAGUCACCCAGGGAAGAUCGCUGUGCACUAUUUUAAGGGCUGGUUUCUCAUAGACAUGGUGGCAGCCAUUCCCUUCGACCUGCUUAUCUUUGGAUCAGGGUCGGAUGAAACAACUACUCUGAUUGGUCUGUUGAAGACGGCCCGGCUGCUGAGAUUAGUGCGGGUGGCCAGGAAGCUGGACCGCUACUCUGAGUAUGGAGCAGCAGUGCUUAUGCUCCUCAUGUGCAUCUUCGCACUUAUUGCCCAUUGGCUGGCCUGUAUCUGGUAUGCCAUCGGCAAUGUAGAGAAACCUUAUCUGGAGCACAAGAUUGGCUGGCUGGAUAAUCUCGGUGUGUCUAUCGGAAAACGCUACAACUACAGUGACCCCAACUCUGGACCCUCCAUUAAGGACAAAUAUGUCACUGCACUGUAUUUCACAUUCAGCAGUUUGACCAGCGUGGGCUUCGGCAACGUCUCACCAAAUACCAACUCAGAGAAGAUCUUUUCUAUCUGUGUCAUGCUUAUUGGAUCCCUAAUGUAUGCCAGCAUCUUUGGGAAUGUAUCUGCUAUCAUUCAGCGGCUCUACUCAGGAACAGCGCGGUAUCACACUCAGAUGCUGCGUGUGAAAGAGUUUAUCCGCUUCCACCAGAUCCCCAACCCACUCAGGCAGAGGCUGGAGGAGUAUUUUCAGCAUUCCUGGAACUACACCAAUGGCAUCGACAUGAACAUGGUGUUAAAGGGCUUUCCAGAGUGCUUACAGGCAGAUAUCUGUCUCCAUCUGAACCGGAGCCUGCUGCAAGACUGUAAGGCCUUCCGUGGGGCCACAAAAGGCUGCUUGCGUGCUCUGGCCAUGCGCUUUAAGACGACCCACGCUCCACCAGGAGACACACUGGUUCACUGUGGAGAUGUCCUUACAGCACUUUACUUCCUGUCUCGAGGUUCCAUCGAGAUCCUGAAGGAUGACAUUGUAGUGGCCAUUCUAGGCAAGAAUGACAUCUUUGGAGAGAUGAUCCACUUGUAUGCAAAACCAGGAAAGUCAAAAGCAGAUGUCCGAGCUCUGAGCUACUGUGAUCUGCACACUAUCAACCGGGAAGACCUGCUGGAGGUGCUAGAUAUGUACCCUGAGUUCUCCGACCACUUCCUUACCAACCUGGAGCUCACCUUUAACCUGAGAGAUGAGAACACUGAGACCAGUUAUGCACAAAGUAGUGACUCAGAUGGAGAAGACAAUAAGGACAAGAGAAAGAUUUCCUUCAGUUGUAAGCAAACCAAAGGGGGUAGCAUCAAGGACAUGGAAAAUGAGACCAAGAAGGAGCGGCGCGAGUCACGACUCAGCUCAAAAAGAGGCUCUGAUGACUGCAGGGCUUCCAGGGAGGAGCAGCAAAGAAAUCAGGCAGCUGGAAUAAUGGAAUAUCCAUGUGUAGACAGUUACACCCCGACUUCUGAUUGCAGCCCGUUUAGUGGCAGGCUGGAGAGAGAGGCACAUUACUAUGAAAGGCAGAGUGCUGACUGGGAAAGCGUGAGGCCGAGGGAGGCUUUGGAAGACUCGCAAGCUCAGACUCACAAGCUGAGACGAGAGGAAGAGGAGGAGCUUGAUUGUGAUCUCACAUAUGGAGAAGUGCAACAGAGACUGGACCACCUGCAGGAUCACCUGAACAGGCUGGAGUCUCAGAUGACAGCAGACAUCAAGGCUAUCCUAUGUUUACUGCAAAGAAGCUCACCUGCAGGCCCUCCUGCAUACAGUGCAGUCACUGCCAGUCUGGAGAAACAGACCAUCAGAGCACAGCCUGCAGUCAACACCAGCCAAACCCUCACACCUGCCCUACAGGACCAGGAGACAACUCAGCCCCAAAGCCCUACAAAUGAGAAUGUCCUCUCCAAGCAUCAACAUUCCAAAUCACUUCUUCCAAUCCACCUCUCCUCACCGUCUCAGACACCCAUCAGCAGCACCGCAGCCACGGGGCUCCACAGGCCUCUUUCUGACCCUGGACUGCCAGGAUGUAGCACUGAGUCCCUUCCAUGACUAUAAGACUUCACUUCCAUAUACCUUAGGGGGAUGGAUUGCCACUUUAAGAACACUGGCUUGUAUGUGCAAGGAGAAUAAUAAACUUGAAGGUCAUAUCCAUGGAGCUGAAACCUUAGAUCAUUUUGUUGAAGUUGAACAUUCUGUUUGGUGUGAGUGAGAAUCCCUAAGCUCUGACCUCUUUUGUAGGUUUUGCUCCAUGCUAGCUUGCUGGAUGUGAAUAAGUAACCUCACUCAAGGACUCAGGGUCUGGUUCAUGACUACAUUACACAAUGAAUAGUGAUUGUGGACUCUCAUCUCAAUGAUGGUUCAUUUCCCUGUUAUAAAUUCUACUGCUGUAUUCUGUCACGAUUGCAGAACUCUACAAAUUCAUUAAACACUGGGAUAGUCUGCAAAUCUGGGACUGUCAGUAGUACUAUGGUAUUUGAUUUUUGGUUGAUGAACAACACUUCUGCAGGUGUCACAGCCAUGUAGCCAUUUUCUGCCUCAGUUUACAGUUACACAACUUCGUUAUUAUCCAACUCUAAAAAUUCAGGAGAUAAUAAGAGACUGGUAUUUGAGAGCAUCAAAAUUUUCUCACACAUGUAAUUACCACUUUCAUGUACUUACAGCACAUUCCUGUUUUAAAGGUUAAGCAGCAUGUGGCAAGUCUGUCCAUAGAAAAGUGCAUGUCUGAAAGCGUUACCUGUUGCAUGCUUGCAACAUACUGGAAAGCAAAUGUAGUGUGAUUCUGGCAUGUAUGUUUUUAUUCCUUAUUUUAAUCGGUCACAUUUCUUUGCACAUGAACCAGAAUACUGGAGGCCUAGAACUAUUUUGAUGACCAAAGUUUUGGUACCACACAUGUAGCUCUGAAUAAAUGUAUAUGCAUAUUUAUGUAUAAUUUUAGCAACUACUGUAAAACAAUUAUGGCUGAGACUGGAUAUUAAUAAGGCACACAGGAAACUUCUGUUUAGUUUCCAUACCAUCAUAGAAUUUUUGUUGGUUUUCCAAAUUCUGCUCGCAAUAGUAACGACUGGAAUAUGGUACCUUUUAUAUUAUUAGCUUCCAUUGCAAAUUAAUGCAGCAAUAAGCAUUUAAGUCUAUGUAUUUAUGUAUUUAUUUAUUUCACCCAUGUAAUGGAUUGAUAUGCUAUAAAAUGACUUUUUUUUUGAGUCUUAAUGACCUUGUUCAAUGGAAGUAGAGCAUGUUUCAUGGUACAUAUUACUAAAUGUAGCCUAAACUAGAACUCGGUUUAUUUACACACAUUGAAAAUGGAUUUUGCUAAAAUCCAAGUGAACACUUUCAAUUGUCCGAAAGGAAAAAAAAAACUUUCCCAAGAAAAUUCCUAUCAAGUGUUAGGAACCUCAGACUAUAAAGAUUUUUAUAUUCAUAUCUUGGGUAUAGACAGGAACCAGCUAAAAGUUGUAUUUAUGAAAUUAUACCUAUUUCAUAACAUACCACACAUCCAACACAAGCAUUAAAAUAGUGUAUGCUGUUACUUGCUGGAUCAAGUGCUGUCUGAAAACAUGUCUUUACUAAAUAUCCACAGAACAAGAGCGUGCAUCCUUAAGACUUCUGUCACACCCACUCCUUUCAUGUAAAGAUACACACCAUAAAACCUGAAAUGUAGCCUGUUGAUAAUGAGAGUGGGCAAGUUGACAGAAAAUUAUUGUGAACUUGCAUAUUUAAAAGAAUUAUAUAUUGCAAACUUUUGCACAUAUUCUCCAAACUUGUACAAGACAGUUACUUUUUACCUGAGUGUGUUUCACAUGUUAUUUUAUUUUAUUAUUUUUUAUGCAUUUUUAAAGUUUGCCACCGUAUAUUUUAUACACAGCAACACUAUACAGUUUAUUUGAAUGUGUCAGUUAUUUGAUGAAUUAAUAUAAAUAAAACUAUAUAGUGUAUAUAGCACACUUGCUUUAGGAGAUUACUUUUAAAGAAUUGUAUAAAUUAAUACACAAAUAAAAGAGAAUGCUAAAUAUCA